AUGGUGCAGCAUAGUGUCCGGGACUCGCUCAUGGGCUCGUCCAGCUCUCGCGCUACGCUGCUUGAGGCAAAAGUACAACAAGAAACUCGCGGGGUGCGUUUCCUCGCUUGGUCAUUCAUCACUGGCCCGACGUGCCGCCGCUCUCGCCAACAGCGGGCAGCAGUGACAGGCGCCCACGCGCCGCUGUCCUUCUGGCAGGUUUCCUCUCGCCCAACUACGACCGUCUGCCCCAAGAGGCAUGAGGUAGCUCUAAGGCAACGCAAGCCGCGACGGCUGCGGAAGCUUCCUGUCGGCGGUCACUACAGUCUCUGUAAGAUGCAGCUCGAUGGGAACAGGCCGUCUCAAACGCGUCGGCUGCAAGUCUCUACAGCUGUUGGUGCGUUGGCAGCGAGCGCGGGCUCCGACGGGUUGUCCGCUCCGCCCUGGCCUCCACUCACCGGCCUCGCGCAUGAUAUCGCUAAAAGAGCGCCACACUUUUGGGGCGACUGGAGCGAUGGACUGUGUCUCAAGUCAUUGGCAGCGAUUCUCUUCCUUUACUUUGCGUGCCUUGCCCCGAUUGUUGCUUUCGGGGGCAUUACGGCGCAGAUUACGAACGGCGCUAUUGGCGUCGUUGAGUUCCUCGUGUCUGGGUCGAUCUGUGGCAUGAUAUACCAUACGCUGGCGGGGCAGCCUCUUACGAUUGUUGGUCCAACCGGCUUGACCCUUGCCUUUACUGCAUCAUUGUACAAGGUGUGUGCGUCUGCAGGUCUCCCGUUCCUGCCAACAUAUGCAUGGGUGGGAAUCUGGACGGCGUUCUUUCUGUUUCUACUUGCGAUUUUCAACGCGAGCUCUUUGAUACGUUACUGCACACGUUUCACGGAUGACUGCUUUAACGCUCUGAUUGCCGCAACGUUUCUAUACGAGGCGUUUCGAUCGAUUGGCUCGAACUUUCGAAAAUGCGGUAUGGACAAGACUGAGGCGUUCAUGAGUCUCAGCUUGUCGCUGGGUACUUUCAUUGUUGGCCGAACGCUGAGCGAGUUUCGCCAGUCUCGAUACCUGAGGCGCACUGUUCGAGAAUUUCUAUCUGACUUUGGCGCCGCCAUCGCGAUAUUUUCCAUGACGCUGGUUUCACAAUUACCUGAAUGGGGUGGCUAUACACUUGGACGUUUGCAGGUGCCGGUCAAGUUCCAGCUGGCAGGCAAUCGCUCGUGGCUCAUUCCGAUCUUUGCAGCUCCUGUUCAAGUUCGACUUUUUGCGAUCAUUCCGGCUAUUCUGCUGACGGUUCUUUUCUUCCUGGACCAAAACAUAACUGUUCGUGUGGUGAACUCGCCCGCACAUAGGCUCCGGAAAGGUGAAGCGUACCAUCUAGAUCUCUUGAUUCUGUCUCUCAUUACGUUGAUCGCUUCGCUUCUGGGCCUUCCAUGGAUGUGUGCCGCCACGGUGCAGAGCUUGAACCACGUUCGCAGCUUGGCGGUAACCGAAACGUAUUUGCGACCGGGCGAGCGUUCACCGCGCGAGCGCAUUGUCUCCGUUGUCGAGAACCGUCUCACUGGCUUCAUGAUACACUUUGCGCUGGGCAUGUCGCUGUUGCUGCUCCCGCUGUUGCGGCGCAUUCCGAUUGCCGUGAUCAGCGGCCUCUUUCUCUACAUGGGCAGAAGGAUGAUGAGCGGCAACGAAUUCCUCCGACGAAUUCGGUUGCUGUUCGUGGACCCGGCACUGUACCCCGAUGAUUCGCCGAUGCGGAAGAUUCGCCCUGCGAUUGUGAACGCCUUUACAGCCAUUCAGUUCGUCUGUCUUGCUACGCUCUGGACACUGAAGAUGAUUCCGCAGACAACUUUGUUCUUUCCUGCGGUGAUUGGCCUUCUCAUGGUUGUUCGAUCGUUUCUGUUGCCGCGCUUCUUUUCAGCGGAUGCGCUCGCGGUACUUGAUGGCGAGAUUGUCAACCGCGAUGCCGACGACGCGAAUGGUACCAUUGGCCCUGAGGACACAUCGGAAGGUGUCGUCGUCGAUGUCUGGGAUGAUGGCCUUCGCAAGCGCGAAGGCAUCGCCGGAGAGACGUACUCAACGGAUCUUUACUAG